CCUCCGCCGCCUCAGCGCUGCCGGAGCCGGCGGCGCUCGGAGCGACCCGCGGCUGCCUCCGCUCUGCCCUGCCCUGCCCCGAGGAACAGCUGAGUAACGCCUUAUCCUCCCUGUCUUUGCAGGGGAGGUGUUCCAGUCCCUUUAUCAAGUUCUUGGCCUCCUCUGGACUUGCUCCAGCAGUUCCCUGUCCUUGCAGUGUUUGGGACACAGGAGCUGCACAGAGCUCCAGGAGAGGAAAAACCUGACAUUCCUGAAAAUGGCAGCUGAGACAUCUACAGAAGUUGCAAAAACAGCUAAACAAUUCAUCCUUAAGGAAGAGGUAAUUGUAGAAAGACAAUGGUUGAAGCUUGCAGAAACAACUUACACUGAUCCCUUUGGGAAAACCAGAACCUGGGAAACUGUAAAGCGUACUGGCAACAAAAAGGGAGUUACAGCUGAUGGUGUAGCAGUGAUAGCAGUGCUGCAGAGAACCCUGCACUACGACUGCAUUGUCCUGGUGAAACAGUUCAGGCCCCCAAUCAAUGGCUACUGCUUGGAAUUUCCUGCAGGCCUCAUUGAGGAAAACGAGUCAGCAGAAACUGCUGCGCUUCGAGAGCUGAAGGAAGAAACUGGGUACAAGGGGGAAGUCAUUGAAUGUACUCCAGCUCUGUGCUUGGAUCCAGGAAUGUCAAACAGCACAACACACAUUGUGAGCGUCAUCAUUAAUGGAGAUGAGGCUGAGAACACAAGACCUAAGCAAAACCUGGAUGAUGGAGAAUUUGUGGAAGUUGUUUCACUUCCAAAGAAUGACCUGCUGCAAAGGAUUGAUGAACUAGUAGCAGAGGAACAUCUGGCAGUAGAUGCCAGGGUUUACACUUACGCGUUGGCUCUAAAGCGCGCAGCAGAAAAACCGCUCCAAGUUCCUUUUAUGAAGUUCUAGAACUGGACAAUGAGAAAUUUAAUUCAAAACUGCCCAAGUUGGAUGGCUUAGAAGUACAACUCUUCUGGUAAUCAAGAUCUUUUGCUUUACUUGUAGAGCAAAAAAAAAGUGUUUUCAGUAACGAUUCUGGUAUUUUUAUUUUGAAUUGUGUAACUGACAGAAAGUAUUUCCUCUAACUGCUCUGUAAAGCCUUGACAGAAUAUCCAUAAUAAAAAUACUGUUUAAUUUUCA